AUGUCGAGUCAAUUUGACAAGUAUCAUGUUUACGACGGUACGAUAAAACGGCUGGUGCGCUUUACGGGAUUUUGGCCGAAUCCGAAUCCGAGUUUCCUCUAUCGGUUGCUCCCCGUUGUUCACGGUUUAGCUGCGCUUAUCUUGUGUUCGGCGACACUUAAUUUUUGUCAUCGAUACAACUCGAAUCUUCAUCUCUUCUUAAAAGGACUCUGCUUGGCUCUGAGUUUCCUCACGAUCAUACAAAAAAUGUCUUGUUUGACGUUUUACCGAGAACGUCUGAUGAAACUUCAUACCGAUCUCGCAAUCUCAUUUGAUUUGGAUAUGAAUGACACUCAACUGCGUCCGAUUCUACUGUCACCUCUGCAAUCGUUUUAUUCGCCAUCAUUGAUACUGUCGAUGGUGACGUACACGACGAUCGGGAUGUCUUCGAUUACGCCGAUUCUAUUGAUAGUGAUCCAGCUGGCGCAUGGGGUCGAUCACGUUAAAUACUUUACACCAUUUCCGACCGCGUAUCCUUGGCGCAUCGAUGCCAAUACCUGGCUGUAUUUGAGCAUAUACGCGUUCGAAAUUUAUGGUGGAAUAGUUGCCUCAUUCACCUCUUCGUUCGAUGCCCUUUUUGGUUAUUAUGUAUUUCAAAUUACCGGACAAUUUCGCACGUUGUCCUAUCGCAUUACGAAUUUAAAAUCGAACGAAAACUAUCGCAAAGUGAUAAGCGAGUGUAUCAACAGGCAUCAGGUUUUAACGAAAUGUCAAGAUUAUCUCGAACAAGUUUAUGGACCCAUUGUCAUCUGGAUGUUAGUGAGCAAUGCGAUGGUCAUGUGCACCCUCAUUUAUCAAGCUGCACACGUGAGCCCGGAGAAAGCCCUGAUUACCGUGUUCUACAUGGUCUUGAAAUCUGUGCAAACGUUGACUUAUGGAUGGUUCGGAUCGUUUUUAGAAUCCGAGAAAAACAAGUUCCGGGAAGCCAUAUACGGGAGUGACUGGGCAGGUUCUGGCGAAAAGUCUCUUAUGACCGAUGUGCUGAUAAUGAUGACGUACAAACCGUUCGUCCUCAAGGCCUGCUCUCUAUCAAACAUAUCAAUCGACAUAUUCGUUGCUGUUUCUAAUACUGCUAUCUCGUACUACUUCAUGUUAAGAACAUUGGAGCAGAAGGAUACCAACUCGUAAAGAGAAUAAUAGUCUAUCGAAAAUCUUUCUGACCUCUUAAUGAAAAACAUUUAAAAGUUUUCUUUUAAUUUUUUGUAAAAUUCAGAUACUAAGCCAUAGGAAAAAAAGCACAUGGGCAUGAAAAAAAUUAUGGAAUCUUCAUUGAAUAUCAAUCCUUGCUCUAUCGCAAAGCACUUCGUGGAGUGAAGAAAUGAGGAGCGGUUUGUGCUGAGAAUGAUGUUUAUGAGUGCUGAAUAAUUAUACAGGUCUAACCUCAUCC